GUCGAUAUUAAAUAAUAUCGAUCAUACAGAUUUAGAGAAUAUCAUAAAAAAAUAUGCCAAUACUCUUGAGGGAGUGGGUAUGGGGAAAGAUUUAUUGGAGCAUACUCUUAAGGAAACAUUUACAAAUAUAUCGAGCGUCUUUUCAGAUGGAUUGGAAACAUCAGCAUCUUCAGAUUUUCUAAGCAGGCUACUUGGAAUACAACUUUCAUUAUUAAAAUCUUGUCAACGGGAUAAUAUUAAUUAUCUGAAUACAUUAUACUUUCUGCAUUUGCGUGCUUUAGAGGCAAUAUUUCAAAACAACGUUUCUUCUGACGAUUCCCUUAAGUCGCUUGUGUCUCUCACGUCAUGGAUUAUUGACUUUUCCGUUUAUUUUGUUCAAAAUAUCUAUUCUUUAGUAACACAAGGAGAUGCUUUAUUAUCCGAAAAAUCUCACAUAGUUCUUCUCUAUAAUUCGACAAGUCGGACAGCUUUUAAAAAUUUGUUGUCUCUUGUUAAGAAAUUUAAAGAUAAUGUUAAUUCACUAGCAGCAAGUAGUCCUCAUAUUAGUAAUAUUCAAGAAAUGAAUGGGACCCUUCAAUAUUUAUUUGAUUCCUGGCCACUUAAAUUAGAAUCUCUAGAGUUAUUUAUAAAAGAUACUGGUAUAAUAACUGAUAAAGUAACUGAUAAAUGGAUGAAAGAUAAAAAUAAUCCGCAAUGGGCUAAAUAUGAAAUAAUUUUUACUUCUAAAGUUCCAAAAGCAUUGAGUGAAACUCUGCCGGAAUUAAAGGAAAUAUUUAAAAAUCGUUUCACCUCCGAGAACGACAUUAAAUUUUAUAUUUAUGAUACUAAAUGGAUCUAUUCUGAAUCUGUUGAUAUAAUUUUAAAGUCACGUACGAUUAAAGAUCGUAUAUGUGCAAGGUAAUAAGAAUAAAAUAUAUUAUUAUAUCAUAAAAAAUUUUUUUUUUACUUAUUUUUUUUAUAAUUGUUAUUUAUAGAUGUGGUUAUUAUUCGGCGGCACUUGACGUACAAAAUACGCGAUGGGCAAAAGGUUAUACUAGAUCAUGUGUUUGUGGUGGACUUUGGAUAGACAUUAAGGAGAAAUAAAAAUCAAUUCUAAUAUUUUUUUAAAGCUUUUAUAGAAUUUUUUAAAUUUUAUUUAUAGAUACCAUUUUAAUUAUAUAUUAUUGAGACGAUAGAG